AUGGCCGCCAUCCAAUCCCGGAAAACUGCCUUGAUCACGGGCGCCGCGUCCGGCGUAGGCUUUGCGACCGCUAAGCUCUGUCGCAGCCAGGGAAUGCAUCUGGCUCUGCUAGAUAUUAACGCCGAGAAUCUCCAAAAGGCAAAGGCUGAGCUGGCGGACUUGAAUCCUAGUCUCAAGACUGAGGCUUAUGUGCUCGACGUCGCGGAUCGAGCGAAAUGGAAUGAGACUGUCGCGCAAGUGUCCUCUGCCUUUGGCGGAGUGGAUUUGGUCAUGUUAAAUGCGGGCGCGUCUUAUAAGCCGCAGAGCCAAAAAGAGGGAAAACUCAAGCCGUGGUCAGAUGUGGACUACUGGAAGAAGACCUUCGACACCAACACUAUUGGCCUCCUGAACGGCAUCGCAGCCACACUCCCCCUUCUCCAUUCCACCACGACUCCCAAAUCAAUCAUCAUCACGGGCUCUAAACAAGGCAUCACCAAUCCUCCUGGCGGGAACAAUCCUGCCUACAACUCCUCCAAAGCGGCCGUCAAGAACCUUGCAGAGCACCUGGCACAUGAUCUACGAUCGGAACCCGCCAGUUCGCACAUCUCGGUCCAUUUGCUGGUGCCCGGAUGGACAUGGACCGGGUUCAUGGGGAACGCCGGACCCACGGCGGAGACUGAGGUGAAGAAAAUGGACGGGGCGUGGUUUCCGAGCCAGGUGGCAGAGGAGCUGUAUAGGGGGUUGCAGAAGGGCGCAUUUUAUAUCAUUUGCCCCGAUGAUGAUGUGGAUGUCGCGUUGGAUAAUGCUCGCAUGCACUGGGCUAGUCAGGAUGUUAUUGAGGGCCGAGUGGCGUUGUCGCGAUGGGAGGAGAGUUGGAAGGGCAAGGCGGAGGAGGAGAUCAAGGCCGACGCCGCAAGGAGAAGAGGAUGA